AUGUCGACGACACGGCCUGUUGUAGGAAGCGGUCUCGCCAGCUGCUGUACGGUAGUCUCAGUGUUUGGCGCCGUGAUCCUUGCAAUCUUUGGAUACGGCUUUCAACACAAUUGGCCUGCACUCAUGGGCAGCACCGAAGACCCCAAAGAUGGGCUAGCAGUCGGGCAGACUUGCUACAUUGCCGCUCUUAUCUACAUCGCUUUCAUCGCCUUUUGCGGAUGCCAGCUUGGAGUACAUCAAAGAUACAGCCGCAUUCAACUUUAG